AUUGCUUCGGAUUGCAAAUAUGUUGUUCAGCUGGCUUCAAAGACAUGAUUUCGAAAACACUUUCCUUAAAUUCAACUUACAAAAGGACAAACGAACAGUCGCAGAUUGAUUUUUUGUUUUUGGAUCUACAAUUUAUUAAAGUGUGAAAUAAUCUUUGUGAAGUCUUAUCACCAGGAAGUAAGUUAUACCAAUAAACAAACCAUGAGUGACAACCAUACAAAUGUUAAACUGUUUUUAGAACCAAGAAUUGAAUUCUGGAUUGUGUCAAACAUAUAUUUAGAUUAUAUAAAGCGUUACUUGCUUAACGAGGCGAACUUUAACAUACAUAUGCGUCAGGAAUUAAGCAAAAGAUGGCACAUGUGUAUCAUGGAAGGGACUGUUUUGUUGCUUCUACAUAGUUUAGGCAUGCUCAUACCGUACAAGCUAAUUAUCUUGUUAGUUAAGCUAGGCUCAGUUCUUAGAAUCCUGUCCAAGUCGAUUGUAUACCAUGAGCACGUCCCCAUGAUUGACUUAAUCGAUAAAAAUGAGUCUGUUCAAAAUAAUUUGGACGCCUGGUUGAAGUCCCUUGGAAGUAAUGUUGACAGAGAGGCCUUAACGGCUCUGGAGGUGGAACUUCUGCGCCUUAGAUUUGGUACCUCAUCUGACGACCAACGAGCAAAGUAUUCGUUCUUUAUAGAGCUUUUACCACAGCGCAAACCUCUUCGAGGGACAGAUACAGUAAUAUCCAUCAGGGAAGCAAAGAUGGACCAGGUUGAGCAACAACCGCCACAUGAAAGUCGUGCACCUGCAGAAAGCACCAGAGAGCAUCUUUUAGACCUGUGGCUGACAAUCAUCGACAUCCGAAUGCAUAAAGACAAUGGAAUCGCAAGGAUAAACUUGCAUUGUGAAAAGGUGUGCAGAGAUCUUUCCAGCAAUGUUUCAGACCUCUUCGAAAGUGGAUCACUUGUCAACCCCCGAAUACAGCCUUUGACAUUCCAUGAUAUCAACAAGUGGCUGACAGACGGUCACUGCAAAAUGAAUAGGAUAGCUGAUUACUAUAUUGGAAUGGUCACGAAAGAGGCGGAUGACACCAUAGCCGUUCUCCGGGACGUAGAGCGACUAUUGAAUGAAAAUCCAUCGAGUCACAUUAUGAGAGUUGGAACAGUUAACUGUUUUGAUAGAAAAGUGCAACACAUGCAUCGGGACAUGGAAAAAGCCAUGGACAGAGUGAGACGCGAGGCAGCUGCAUCGCGAAUUCUAUGAAUCUGGAAGAAGCUAGCUUUGCAAGGGACUGACCCAGUUACAUCAUGGUUGCAUGGGCGUCACCUUAAUCUACGUACAGUGCUCUUCAUCGCUAAAUUGGUUGGUUGUAAUGUAACAUAAUUUUUUCUAUGGUUGGUAUACCCGAUAUGAGCCUUGCGAUAACGGAUGUGUUGAAGAAUGCUAUUUGUGUAAAUAUUCCUGACAAAAUUGAUACAUUCAACCGUGGUUAAAAACUUUAAACCUUUCAUGAGCCUAAAAUGAACAAUAAAUGGGAGGUAGUAUUUCCGUGAUCGAGUGUUGUGAAGUUCUUUUCCGUUUGGUGCAGUGUGAAAUAAGGCUCUAAUAUAGCUGUAGCUUCUUUUCUAUAAUUCUGUUACGCUUUUGUAAACGUGUGACUUGCUAAAUGUGCGGUAAUUCACAAUUCACAGGAACAUAACAAUAAAAUGCAUUCAAUUUAAAAAUACGCUGAAAACAUCUGGGACGGACAAUUGCAAAAAAAGAAAUGAAUUUUCUUAAGAAUUACCUUAUAUUUUUUGUUUUUCUUUGAUGUGUGUCCUGUAGUCUGAUUUCAUUAUAUAAGCGUUAGUGCACUAAGUGACUCAACAGUGAAAAUAUUAUAACAGAGACCUGAUAAUUACAGCUACUCAACUAUGUUUAUUUCUAGCUAUAGAUUUUAUUUCUAUCACGUGUUUUAUCCCUAAUGUAUAAAUAUAACAGACAGCUGUAGCGCCCAAGUAACAAAUAAAGCUUAACUAUUUUAUAGAUAUAGAUAUAAAUAUAGCUACGGCUGUUAUUUUAAAUUGUUUUAUAUUGAUUAUCUUAUUUAUAGCCACAGCUGUACAUUACAGGUACAUAUGAAACUAUAAUAUACAGUUGUUGCUAUAUAUUUACAACUGUAGCUAAAGUGUGUGUCUUACAGUUUUGUGCCAUUUGGAACACCAUAAUACACAGGGGUGAAACAAAAAUUAGUUAUAUCACUUAGAAACCAGAAUGAUCUUUAACUUAUGUACAUACAUGUAUUUACUUUUUAGAUAUUGCGUAGUUAAAUUAUUUCAUAUACCUUCUAGUUAUUAAAUGUAAUCUUCUUUUUCAUAUCUGUUUUAAUAAAGUGAUGUAUUUUUUCUGCAUUUUUUAAACAAUAUUCUAUUAGCCUGGUAUGUCGACUGCAAGUUAUUUUGAAAUAUAAAAGUAGUUGCAGGUUUAAUGUAUCUCGUAUUAGAAGUAAAUGUUUAUAUUGAUACUCAAUGUCAUAUAGAUGCCGUUGACAUAGGCUUAAUUAUACAUUGAACGGUAAACUACUCAUACUUGUGUAGCAUCUGGGGUACUUGAAAAAUUUUAUGUAUUGAAGUAAUCGAAAACCGAACUAUGUGUUUCUUUCUGGGAACAGGAAAAUACACACCAAAUUCUGCUGUUGCUUGUGAUAUGGGCUGAGAACUAGUGUUUUGAAACAGUUAAAAUGUUUUGCAAAUAUUUUGUGUAGACUAUCAGAUAUGGAUCAGUCAAGACUCAAUUUCAAGGUUUCUGAACAUUGUCUUUCAUUUGCCAAUAGGAACGGUAAAAUCUGGCAUCAGAAAUUGAAAUUUAACUGAAACUAAACACUUUGUUAAUAUAUUAAUGCCAUAUAAUCAUAGAUCAGCACUUGCCAAGUUCAGAAGUGGUGUUGCGCCAAUAAGGUUAGAGACAAAUAGAUAUAAAAGGCUAGAUGUUAAUGAUAUGAUCUGUCCAAUCUGUAAUAUUGAGGAUGAAAUGCAUGUGCUACUUAACUGUUCAACAUAUUCUUAAAUUCGUAAGUUACUGUGUCAUAAAGCUAGUAGUGUUAACACAAUUUUUAACUCAUAUAAUAAUACUGAAAAGCUUUGCUUCCUCUUAUCUGAUGAGAGAACUCUAGAAUAUACUGCCAAAUCAAGCCUAAAUAUGUUAAAACUUAGAAGGAAUAGUCUAUACUACUAAAAUUAGAAAUAUGUGUGCCAUUAAUGAAUCUUUUAUCUGUAUCUGUUUUAUAUUCCUUUUAACUGCACAUACACUACCUUUAAAGAUGGAAACAUAAGUUUUGUGUUUUUUUUUAUAUUUAUAUUUUUAAAUAUCCAGAAAUACUAAAGAUGUGAAUAUGCCAAACAUUUUAAGUACUGCUUUGGAUUAAUCAGAAAAUAUAAAACAAUUCACAUAUGCAACAAGAACUCUUAAGUUGUCGGACUUAGUAACGUUAUGCUAUGUUUAACAAUUUAAAACAUUUUGUAAAUUUUGAGCUAACAAAAACUAUUCUAAUAAUUGUUCUUAAGGUCUAGUGAUAAGUGAGCGUUUUAUGUUUUGUUAUGUUUACAUUUGUGACAUUAAAACUUUCGCUGCAAGCAAGAGCUUGAUCUUUAAGAAGAAUGUUUCAAAGUUAUGAAUGGCAGACUUUCCUCAUGAUGCCAUAUUUUAUAGUUUAUUAACAUUUCGUCAAUAUACAUCAAAUAUACAGUUCAUAUCACUAAUAAUAUACAUAGUCAUGAGAACAUUGCCACUAAGGUUAGAGUUAUAAGUGAC